AUGGAGACUAUAUUAAAAGAUCCACAACAAGUCAAAGAGAUUAUGGAGGAAAUACAUAAAAUGAGGCGAGAAAAUGCAGAUACUUGGUAUAAUGUACAAGUCGAACUACUUAAAGAAGUUACAAAAAAGCAUGAAGCAAUUCUUAAACAAGAAAUUGACCAAUCACUUUCUGAUUAUAAAGAAAACCAAAUGAUAGAUUUAAUGAGUCAAUUUGAUAGUUUAGAAAGCAACAAUAAACGCGAUUUAGAAGCUUAUCUCCAGGCCAACCCUCAAAGACAAGAAUUAUAUGAGCAAAUUUCUCAAAAAGCUAAAGCAUAUAAAGGCAAGAAGAAAAUACCUCCUCAAAGAGUUCAGCCGCCAAAAUGCACGUUUGAAGACGAAGUUCCAAACUUAUUGGCAAUAUUGGCAGAAAAUGGAGUUAACCUGAAUGACCUCGUUGUUUUUGCUGAUAAUGCAUUCUUAUUUAAAGGAAAAAUUUAUGACCAAGGCUCAGAAAUCUAUUUGCAAACAAGACAAAGAGAUAACCCAAUCAAAGCUAUUUUGCAUGAUAUUACGGAGUUCGAAAUUACAUUAGAGUUCGUGGAUAAGGGCCUUUUGACCAUUGCAACAAAAGAAAUUCUCAAUGGGUCGGUAGAAAUCCUUAAUGAUGUAAAUAACAAAAAAUGA